UUAACUAGAAUCUGUGCAGACUGAUUUAAUUUAUGACCUCAUUUAGUGUUAAUAUGACGUCAGCAGCAGUAAACAGAUGACAUCAGAGUCUUAUGAAUACUGAUAGGAGGAUUAAGGAUCCAGUAAAGGAUCGAUGUUCUCCCGGUGGGAUCAUUAACGGCGGCUCUCCGGUGCCGUGAGGAGGAUGAAGAUGAUGAUGAAGAUGAUGGAUCCGGACCGUGACGACGCGUGGGUCUGACGUCGGCUGGCGGAGGAGAAAAACACGGUGACACGGGAGCGGACGACGCGCAUGAAGACACCGGGAGCCGCGCAGCGUUUUUGUGUUUUUUUGUUGUUUAUUCAUAAAUGUGCGCAAAGGCUGAGGACGCGCAAAGAGCGGCUCCCGCACCGCGACUAACGGCGGAUUAGAGUCCAGGGGGGGAGGAGGAGGAGAGGGGAGGAGGAGAGACAACAAGGAAGCCGAGGAGACGCUCUUUAUUACCGGGGAGGGGGGAGACGGUCAGACCGUGGCGGCGGCGGAGCGGCGCAGGAGCGGGACACCGACGGUCGGCGCUCGGAUGCUGGAGCGGCUCCGGACGCGGCGACGAUGCAGCCACACUGCUGGGUGAUGGUGGCACUGGCGGGGAUCAUGUCGUACCCGGAGAGAGCGCUCGGAGCUCCGCAGAGGGAAGUUUCUCCGUCCAGGGCCGCCUCCCUCUCUCCUCCGCCUUACGUCGUCAUCCUCAUCUCGUGCUCUGGGCUCGUCUCGUUUGUUCUGCUGCUGCUCACCUGCCUUUGCUGCAAGAGGGGAGGAGUGGGGUUCAAUGUAAGUCUUCAACAUGAGUUUGAUAAUGCAGAUGGGGAGGAAUGUUCUGGAGGUUCCAGCCCCAUCCAGGAGGACAGCCUGUCGUCCUGCCCCUCCCUGCCCGAGGUCUACACCCUGCCAGUCAGGGACCGGAACAACUGCCCCGCCCUGCAGGACGGACCAGACUCCAAAUCUCAGUGCUUCAAAAGACACACUUUAAACUAUCUUCAGGAGAUUGGAAAUGGCUGGUUUGGAAAGGUGAUCCUGGCUGAAGUUCUGUGCGACUGCAGCUCCUCCCAGGCCGUGGUGAAGGAGCUCCGGGUCAGCGCCAGCCCUUUGGAGCAGAGGAAGUUCCUGGCCGAGUCGGAGCCGUACAGGAGCCUCAAACAUCCCAACAUCCUCCAGUGUUUGGGUCAGUGCAGUGAGAGCAUCCCCUUCCUGCUGGUGAUGGAGUUCUGUCAGCUGGGCGACCUGAAGCGAUACCUUCGAGCUCAGCGUAAAUCGGACGGGAUGACUCCGGACCUGCCAACUCGGGACCUCCUGACGCUGCAGAGGAUGGCGUUUGAGAUCACGUCGGGUUUACUGCAUCUCCACGAGAACAACUACAUCCACAGUGAUCUGGCUUUAAGGAACUGCCUGCUGACCUCCGACCUCACUGUGAGAAUAGGAGACUACGGCCUCUCACACAACCAUUACAAGGAGGAUUAUUACCUGACUCCAGACAAGCUUUGGAUUCCUCUGCGAUGGAUUGCUCCUGAGCUGCUGGAGGAAUAUCGAGGAUCUCUGAUCGUCACCGACCAAACCAAGACCAGCAACGUGUGGUCUUUGGGGGUGGUGAUUUGGGAGCUGUUUGAGUUCGGCUGUCAGCCUCACCGACACCUGAGUAAUGAAGAGGUUCUGACCUUCGUCAUCAGGGAGAGACAGAUCACACUGGCUCAACCCAGACUCAAGCUGUCCCAUGCAGACUACUGGUAUGAGAUCAUGCAGUCCUGCUGGUUGCCUCCGUCACAGCGACCCUCUGUAGCCGAGAUAUUCCUGCUGCUCUCCUCCCUGCUGGCGGCCGAGCGAAGCCUGGCAAGGGGGAGCGUCGGGGAGGAAGAUGAAGAGGAUGAGGAGUACGAGGAGGGCAGAGGAAGGAGAGGGGAGAGUGAGGAGUCAUUUGAAAGACGCUGGGAUUUACUGCGUCCUCCUGCCUUUCAGACUGCAGCGGCCGAGCGGCAGCGGGAGUACGGCCGGGAUGACCGGGACAACUCCUACCCCCUGCUGGACCCGGUCGGGAACUGCAUCACCCCGUCCUCAUCCGAACUCGAUGACAUCCUGACUGUCACUGAAACCAGCAAAGGCUUGAACUUUGAGUAUUUCUGGGAGAAGGCUCACGCCAGACGAGGCUACAAGCCGCUACCUCCCCCUCAGCCGAUACCGACUGUGAACAACAACCACAGGCAGUCUUUGGACACGCCCACUGUGGUGCCCGUGAUAAGCGCUCGCAGCCCCUCCCUGGCCAGUGAAUACUACAUCAGACUGGAAGAACACACCCCCCAGGACAAGUCACCGACCCUCAAAUCAAAGUCUUCUUUCCGAUCGGAUUCUAUUUGUCCCGGAGACAUGGAGCUGGUGGAGAUACGCAGUGGGAUGCUGGGAAAAGAGCGAGUCCCUUAUUGUUCGUCUGAUAAGUGUGGAAAGGGCCUGCAGACGGUCCGAUCAAGUGAGGUUCAGCUCCAGGUGCCCAACACCGGUGUGGCCGAGUUCAGGGACACCUCGACCAGAGUGACCGACUUCUCUGUGGUCGAUUUGGGCGACGAUGAUGAAGUGGAGAUCAAAAAGAGCAGCGAGGUGGAUAAGAAACCUCAAGCUCCGGUCCUGCCUCCCAAACCUCGCUCCAUGUCCAUGUCCUCGGCCAAUCACCUCCACUCACGGCCUCUCCCCGCCCCACCACUCGGGUACAGAGGCCUGCCUCACUACACUAUCGGUGGGAAAAUCGAGACGGACCCCCUCCACUCCUGUCCACCGUCCACCUUCGAUCACCUGGGGCUCCAUCGAUCCCGUCAGGCUCUGCCUCCUUCACCAUCCCUCUCACCCUCCUUACCUCCAUCAAGUCAUCCGAUUUACCCCCAACCUCCUCAGAUGUGCCCUCCACCCCUCCCUCCACACUCCAGACAACAAAGAACCUGUCCCAGCUACAACACAGCCGAUAUCUACUCCAGGUACAGCAAGCCACACAUGCAAAGAUCCAGCAGAGACCAGCUGUCCUGCGAUCUGUCCAACCGAGAUGGUGACACUCGGCAGCAUUCGCAGGCAAAAGACUUUGACUCUCCUAUUCGAAGGGAAAACCCUCUGCGCCCUAUUUAUCGAAACCUCCCCCACCCUCAGCCCACAAACUCCCAGACUGACCAGCAGUCUUCGUCCAGUCCCACCUACUCAGACGAGGACGACUCACCCUUCAUGUCGCCUGAGAGAGCCAACGGAGGGACCACCAUCGCUCACUCCAGCCUCUCUGAAGAUGCCGACCCGGCCGCAUCCGAGUUCUUCUCCAGGGGAAUAAAACGGACUCAGUCACGCCUCGACACCAUCCUGCCGGCCAUUUGGAAGGAAGAUGCUGAGCUUCAGGCAGAACGCAUUGCCGCUGCCAGGAAAUCUCCCAUGCACCUGUUUCUGACGGAGAUAUCGAGCGAGCCGAGCGAUGGCAAGUCGGAGGCUUCAUGGGAGGCAAAGAAGGAGGAGAAAAGAGACGGAGACAGAUGGGGGAACUUUGUUUUGCCGAACAAAGGAGGGAUGAGGCGAUCCCAGUCGCUGAUCACGGAGCUGGGCUCAGCAGGAGAAUCAUGGGCACCAGAAAAACACAACAACCGGAUCGCCACUGAAGACAAUGAAAUGGUGACUAAAGAAUCAUUCCAGAGGGAUCUUUUCCUCACAGAGAUCGACACCGGUGGGAUGGACUCGGAUCUGGAAGAAGGAUCGGAAAAUGAUCCAGUGAAAUACCUCUAUCCGGCAGGAUCCAGACUUCGGCCCUAUGUCUGCGCUCCAGGCCUUCCUUCAUACACCGAGGCAGAGGAAGCCUACUCUAAAGGUAUUCGAAGAUCCCGUUCUCUGCUGUCUGAGAUCACUGUUGAGAAGUCUGAAACACUUUCAGAGCCACAGAGAACUGAAAUGACAAGAGAGGAGUUCCUGAAGGAGAUUCAGUCAGCAGAGACGUUUCUUACUGAGAUUAUAUCAAGACAAAAUGCAAACAAGAAGGAGACAGACUCAUCUUACUCCCCGACUCCGCUGUCCCCUGAGUAUGAAUCCAUAUGCAUUGACCCAAACUCUGCUCAGACCAUCAGAUUCCAGUCGGAAAGCUCCAUACGAGCAUCCAACAAGGGCAAAGAUGACACACAGACCGAGGCUAUCUAUGCCCAAGUCACCAAGCGUGCCAAGAAGAGCGAGAUAAAAGUCUCCAUGAGGCCCGAGAUCCCGAUUCUCCACAUAGGAUCAAACAUACAGCCUCUAAAACCGGACAAUACCGACCACUGCCAGCCAGGUGAAUUUGUGUUUGCCGAAAUCAUGCCCAAGAACGGUUUAUUGCACAACCAAACACUGUCCUGUCAGAAGGAGGAGGAGGAGAGUUCAGAUGGACCAGCGUUACCUGCCAGAGGAGAGGAUCCAACCGAACGCUCUCCAACCAAAGACUCCAACACUGUGACGAACAAACCGCCUGCUGCAAAUGAAGCUGCUGUUGUGGGGAAUGGUGAGAUAAUGAAGGGUGACCUGCAGGCCUCGGAGAGAGGAGGUCAGACAACAACAGCUGAUCCGGAGAACUCUCAUGACACAAAAAGAGAAAAUUCACUGCAGCACAACGACCAGAAAAACGCCCAGAAUGCACCAAGCACUCCGGACUGGGACCCUUCCUCGGAUGCCUCCCUGGUAACACCGACUGAUUCGGUCCUGUCGCCAAUGACCUCCAGUUCCACCGACUGCCUCACGCCGAGCGACACAUGGAUGUCAGGCGGUGGCGAAAGAGGAGGAAGCAGUGGGUGGCGGGCGCUUGGAAACGAAACGCCGCAUCGAGACUCGGCGUAUUUCUCCGAUAGCGACUUCGAGGGCGACGGGAUGAACAAGAGGAGCAGCGACGGACUCAUCGCCUCGAGGCCGGGCAGCAGCCGAGGAGGAGAUCGGGGAAUACUGAUGGGGAUAGAGGAGAAAACCGAAGAAGAGGGAGAGACAGGAGAAAAGAGUCCUUUAAGGAAUAAUAUGCACAUUCCAGACAACAAAACAAAAAGUGUCGAAGAAAGAACUGUUGAGAUCCAUGAAGAGAAAAGUAUCGUUUAUCAAAAUGCUCAUGAAAAUCAUUUAGGUAACAGUAAAGGAUUGGAAUCUACACAAAGAGAUGAUUCUGGGAUUUUCCACGACGUGAUCCAUGAUGAUCCGCAGGCUAAAGACUGUGUUGACUUAAUUGAUAAGUUGUUCUCUAAAUUAGAUGAGGAACCGCUGAAAGGGUUCGUGAUUGACAGCCACUACAUAGAUGGCAUCAUUUCACAGAUAACAGACUCUACGGAGAGCGACUUCAGCCUGCGUUCUAAGACAAAUAGCUUGAUCAACUCUGUAUCUGGCAGCAAGGAUCUAACAAAUAUUACAGAAGCAGACAACCAUCUUGCCGCACUGAAUUCCUUGAAAUCUGGAGAUGAAACUGUGGAAUUAGAGUCCAGAUUGUCCAAACUGUGUGAAACUGACGAGGCUACGAAUCAAGAUGAAAUCCUGUCAAAUAAAGUGACCAGUCCCUGGGCUGAGCCGGUUGUUGAGAAGCCACAGAGAUGCAACGAAAAGCUUGAUUUCGACCACAACGAACUCGGACUGAGAAACCUUCACUGCUCAGACGGCAGGGGGGACAUCAGUAUUACGAUGGAGACAGAGAAGCAGCUGGUCGCCGCCGAGCUGAGCAACGCUAUGAAGGAAAAGUCCCCUCUGAGAGGAGCGUUAAGCAGAACUGCUGUGGAUAAAGGGUCCUGCGAGGGGCUAUGGAGUGAUCUGGACGAAGAAAGAUCCGGAGCGGUUCAGGGAGAGUUGGACUGCCACCGUUUUUCACAGUCAAGCGACUUGCGGUUGUGGCCUGACGAAAACAACCAGUGGGCCUCUCCAGAGAGGAGGUGCCGAGGAGCCGAACUGGGAUCGGAGUUCUUCUCUGGGUUUGGUAACCACGCCUGGGAGGUCGGGGAGAGGCUGGUCGUGGGUCAGGAAUACUGGGAGACCGAAGAAAACAAUGAACUUGCAGGAAGCGAGCCUCAUCCUGCCCUCCUGGAGGGCUGCAAAGAAACCUGGAACAGCGAAGGUCAAGGGCUUGGUGGCAAAGUUCAAGCGAAGGAAAUGUGGGACUCUAAAGAUCCAGAAAACCACCAGAGUGUAGCAGACAUACAACAAGAGGAAAAUAUAGAGAACCUGAGGGAAAUUGAUGGAUUUAAGGAAGAACCAAAUAGAGAACAGUCGGAUAUUGAAGUGGAGAACGUUGAGAUACCAGCAGAGGAGACCGUGAAGAUCUCAUCAGUCAGGCAUGGAGAAGGUCGCCUCGAGUCCACAGAGACGGCGGAGAAUCAGAACUUUAACAGAUGGCCACAGAAUGAACUCAGCAGCAUCCAGAGGGAGGAGAAUACAUCAGCUGAGAACUUCUUCAGUCACACUGUAGAGAACUCAUCAAACAUAUCGAUCUGCAUCACUGAAGCUCCUCACGUGAACUUCUCAGACCUGGAAAACGUCGAGUCAGGCUUAGAUUCAGAGGCUAAGAUGAGACCGUGGCAGUACAUAGAGGAAGGAAUCAGCAUUAUGAAGGUAGAGGAAGAUUUCAGAAAUGUUCCUCCUCCGUCUGAUCCCUGUGAUGCUCAGGAUGAGAUAGAUCAGUCUCAAGCCGACAACUUCAGCUCUGUAGAUUUUCCAAGUCCUCCUCCGAGCAUAGACCUUGAUGUGCAAGAUGAUAAACUGGAGAGUUUAGACGACUCUUUCCCCAGCCCACCUCCAUCGGUUAUAGACACGGAGGACUUUAUUAGCCACAUUAAUCUUGAGGAUUUUAUUGCCGAUGCUGAGACGGAGUUGUAUAUUUCCUCAGCUUACCCAGCCGAUGUCCCAGAGCCACCUCUGCAAGAACCUGCUGCGACUCAAAGUAAAGGCAUCUCGGCCAACCUGAAGCUCCCCUCGGUGCACAUAACGCUUACCGAUGAGACCAACCUCACCUCCACCUUAGAAGGUCAGGACGAUCACGAUAACGUGUCCCAGAUAACAUCACCAGCAGCACCUUCUGCACCUCAAGUUCCCCUGAACAACCUCCCAGAGCUGCUGAUUUCCGAGUGGAAAGAUUUGGACGAGGAGCCUCUGGAGGACUUUGAAAAGUUGGAACAAUUGUGCUGCAUAUCUGGGGACGAGGAGGAGGACCUUUUCCUGGGGAACCUGGAGCUUCUGGAGUCUUUGAAGAAAACACCUGAUCAGAAAGGUAGCAGCUCUGGUGAUGAUGAUUCAGAGAUAUCUCCUGGUCCUGAGGGCAGCAAGGUGGACCUGAAGGAGGACUCUGAAAACUCUGAUCACUCGGGGGAAUCUGUUCAACCGAUGAUCCUGAACUCAGAAGAAAACCUUCAGGAGGACAGGAAUGAGGGACGGACGACAUCUGACACCAAGGACCAGGGAUCUCUGUCCAAGAUGACCACCAAGAAUGGUCUCAUGAUGCAGGUGUGCGAGGAGCGACUGCAGUUCUCCCUCAGCGAAAAUGUGAAAACGAAUGUUCUUUGGGGAUCGACUGUGAAAGACACUGUGACGCUCCGACCGUGGGGGGAACAAGUCGCAGAAAACAGCAGCGAGAUGGAAGAAAAACACGACGAGAGUGAGGAGGUGGAGGAGGACGAAGCUGCCAGCAAUCAGCCGCUAACGGAAUCUGAAGAAACUAAAUCUAAGCCGCUCGCUGUGAACGAACAACCGGAGGUGACGAUGCCUCAACCUGCCGCCAACCAGGCCAUGAAAGCGAAGCUGGCUCGUCUCUCUCUCGCUCUGCCUCCUCUGGCUCUCGCUCUUCCUCUCACUCCGACCGGGAAAGGAGGAUUUGGUGACGGUCCGAUCGGGAACCGGAUCGGCCGGCGGAGAGGCCUGUCGUCGAGCAGCGACCCCGACGACGAGGACGAGGACGAGCCGGAGGACGAGAACUCCCGCCGGGUCAUCGUCAUCACGGAGACAGACGUGGACAAACGAGUCGGGCUGAGGAGUCUGCUGAAGUCCCCGAAGGAGGCGAUGGACCAGGAGAGGGACCGGGGCAGGAAUGUGUCUUUCUUUGAUGAUGUCACAAUCUACCUUUUCGAUCAGGAAACUCCGACCAACAAGUUGAGCUCCUCGACGCCCACCAGUCCGGCCUCGGUGUCCGUCAAGAGCACCAAGCUGGAAUUACACGGGCCAAACGGUAGGAGCAAAGAGUCGAAGAGGAAAGACGACCUGUCAAUCAAGCCGAGGUCACCUGUGGGCGGAGCCAGUCCGGUGACAUCAUCGCGCUUCACGGUGAGCCCCGCCAACGAUCCCCACCUGGUGUGACGCCACCGCCACGUCGCCAUGGCAACCCUCGGAGCCCCUCGACCCGACCAGCCGCUCGCCCAGAGGAUAUUUUUUUAUUGAGAGUGAGACUCCAGACAGAGCUGCCGUUUCCAGAGUCUACGAGGGCACCUGAAGGUGGCGCCUGAAGGCGGCACCUGAAGGCGGCACCUGAAGGCAGCACCUGAAGGCAGCAGACAGCUAUGCAGCAGGAUCUGGACCCUCGUCCUCCUCCUGCUUCAUCAUCGUCCUCCUCAGCAGAAACCUGACAGACAGCAUUUGUACAAAGAUCAUCACACGCGUGUAAACAAAAGCGUUUAGAGCCGUUUACUUUUAGAUGUAUUCUUAGACUGCACGAAAAACCAACCAGCUCUGGUCCUUUAUUUAUUUACCCCAUUCAUUCAUUUAUUUAUCCACUUAUUCAUUUAUUUAUUCAUUUAUUGAAGCCAGUUCCGAUGCAGUUAUUUAUUUAUUUCUGUAUCUAUCUAUUUAUUUAUUUGUUAAAGCCAGUUCCCAUGCAGUAUUUAAUUUUUAAUUUACCUAAUUAUUUAUUAAAUAAAUAAAUAGAAAAAAUUUAUUUAUUAAUUUUUCUAUUUAUUUAUCAAAUAAAUAAAUAAAUAUAUACCAGCAUUUAAUUAAUUUAUUUUUCUAUUUAUUUAUCUAUUUAUCAAAGCCAGUUCCCAUGCAGUAUUUAAUUGAUUAAUUAAUUUAUUAAUUAAUUUAUUAAAUCCAAUUCCCAUGUAGUAUUUAAUUUUUUAAUUUGUCUAAUUAUUUAUUAAAUAAAUAAAUAGUAGCAUAUAAUUAAUUAAUGAAUUAAUUCAUCUAUUUAUUAAUUUAUUAAAGACAUUUCCCAUACAGUUAUUUAUUUAUUCAUUCAUUCAUUUAUCUAUUCAUUUAAUCCAGUUCCCAUGCAGCAUUUAAUUUACUAAUUUAUCCAUUUAUUGAUUGAUUGAUUGAUUAAAUAAAUAAAUAAACAGCAACAUGUAACUCAUAAUUCAUAUAAUUCAUUUAUUUAUUUACCUAUUUAUUCAUUUAUUAAAGGCAAUUUCCAUGCAGUUUUUAUUUAUUUAUCUGGUUACUUAUGGACUUAAUCCAGUUCUCAUGCAGUAUUUAAUUUAUUAAUUUUUCUAUUUAUUUAUUUAUUAAAUAAAUAAAUAAAUAAAUAAAUAGCAGCAUGUCAUUUAUUAAUUUAUCUAUUUAUGUAUUUAUUUACCUAUUUAUUCAUUUAUUAAAGCCAGUUUCCAUGCAGUAUUUAAUAUAAAUUUUUCUAUUUAUUUAUUUAAUCCAGUUCCCAUGCGGCAUUUAAUUUAUUAGUUCAAUCUAUUUAUUUGCUGAUUUCUUUGCUUCGGUGCGACUGUGAGCAUAUAUCGGUAGAAUUUUUGGGGCAGAACGCUUCUACAACCUCCUCUAAGAUCUUCAUAACAAAUAAAUCAAGAAUAUUUUUCCCGAACGUCUUAAAUUACUAAAAAAAAAAAGGUGAAAAAAAGUAUUUUGUAUAAUUUUCCUUGUUAAUAUCCGCCGGUGUCCCGUAAAGUUUCCUUCUUUUCCUCUAGAGUCUCGUCAUUCUUUCCUCUCGUUUGAUGACGGUUAGCGUAGCUUAGCAUGAAACCUCCAGCCUCUCAUCAGUAAAUAAACUCCAUUAGUUUGUGUCUCCGUUAAUUUGCUCCAUUUUCUACUAAUAACAGUCCGUACUGCAGUCCAUCUGUUCAGUCUGUUUAAAUGUUGGUUUAACUCGUAUUGUUUAAAGAUGCUUUUCAGGGGGUGAUGUAUAAACAAGGGGAAUAAAAACUACAAAAUGUCAACCCA